UGUUCGAGGAAAAGAGGUGUAGAUCCAGAGUUUAGUUGAAAGUAGAGUAUAGUCAUAACCCAUUUCUGGGGAACUAUUGGUAGUCAAAGUAAUUAGGGAGUGAUGAUUAUUUGAUCGAUGAGUGGAGAAAGAAGGAGCAGGUAGAGUUCCGCCGUUUUCAACAACUGUUCAUGCCGUGACUCGAAGACGACGCCCUCUCUCCCGCCUCGCACUCGACGUGUUUGUAACUUUGUAGUAGCUUUUUAUUUACCAAGCUCUCGUCUUGCUGCAAGCGCAAACCCACCAGUUCUGCACUUUCUUCUCACUGCAACACCUUCAUUAUCUCUCUCUGCCGCUUCUUCAUUUCUUUCUUUUCCUAAAACCUGAAACUCACAACAAAUCAAUCGUUCUCUCAGGCUACAAGUGGGAAUUUCUUUGUGGGUUUUAAUAGAUAUGUGGAUAUGUAUGCUUUGUGAAGUGGAAUAAUGGCGUCGAUCCGACGGGCUUUAUCGCCGUACGACGAUCAGCCGUACCAUAACGGCGAGAGUCCGUACUCGCCGAAGCUCUUCCCCAGCUCCAGGUACUCGUCGCCGCUGAAUGAGUUUGCGGCUCGAUUCUGGCGAUUCCUCGGGUAUCCGCCGCGGAAAGGUCAGCACAGCUGGCGACGGGCGUUCUACAGGUGCUUGUUCUUCUUCUUCUUGGGUUUCUUGCUAGGAUUGACGACCUUCGGUCACGUCGACGACGACGGUAGUAGCAGGCCCGACUUCUUCGAGAUCACGCCCCCUCUCGUCAACGUUCACCGAAGCGACGUCGUUGACCGCGAAGCCUCCGAGGCCAAUCGUCUCUCUGUUGGCUUGCGCGAAGCCUCGGAGUCCAAUAGUCUCUUUGUUGGCGAGCGCGAAGCCUCGGAAUCCAAUAGUCUUUCUGUUGGCGAGGUGAGCUUCGAGGGGAGGAUGAAGUCCGAUUUGGUGCCGAUGAAGCAGCUGAUUGUGGUGACGCCAACGCACGGCCGGGCGCUCCAGGCCUACUUCUUGAGCCGGCUGGGCCAAGUCCUACGGCUAGUGCCGCCGCCGCUCCUGUGGAUUGUGGUGGAGACGAACUCGGCGUCGAUGGAGACGGCGGAAAUACUGAGGAAAACCGGAGUGAUGUACAGGCACUUGGUGUGCGCUAACAACUCCACUAACGUGAAGGACAGGGGUGUGCAUCAGAGGAACGCUGGGUUGGAGCACAUUGAGCGCCAUAGACUCGACGGCAUCGUUUACUUUGCCGACGACGAUAACAUAUAUUCCCUACAGCUGUUCCAUAGCUUGAGAGAAAUUGGCCGGUUUGGCACUUGGCCUGUUGCUAUGCUUGAACAAAGCAAAAACAAGACCAUUUUGGAAGGUCCAGUGUGCAACGGAAGUCAAGUAAUCGGAUGGCACACAAACGUGAAAAGUAAGAGACUUCGGAGGUUUCAUGUUGAUAUGUCAGGAUUUGCUUUCAACAGUACAAUCUUGUGGGAUCCAAAGAGAUGGAGAUGCCACACCUCAGUUCCAAUUCGACAGUUGGAGACAGUCAAGGAGGGUUUACAGGAGACCACAUUUAUACAGCAAGUGGUGGAAGAUGAAAGUCAAAUGGAAGGUAAACCAGCUGGUUGUUCAAGGAUAAUAAACUGGCAUCUUCAUCUUCAUUUGGAAGCUCAUCAUUUUGUUUAUCCUAGAGGCUGGCUACUUCAGAAAAACCUCAAUGUUGUGCUCCCAAUUAACUGAAUUAGACUUAAAUACUGCAAUUUUGAUGCCUUGAGAGGUGAGAAUUUAAUUUAUUUUUUCAAAUUCUUGGAGGAAUGACAAGUUUCAUUCAACGGAGAAAGUACAAGCAAACCUACUUAUGCAGGACAAAAGACAAUCAGCUUAAUGUACGUGACAUUCCUUACUUAUGGGAAGGGGUGUGUCUAAUACAGAGAUGAAUUCCAAAUACCACAAAACACUGUUUUUGAUAGAGUUUCAAUUGCUUUGCAACUUGCACCUUGAACUUUUUACAUUUGUACUAUUUGAUGUGUCCCAGAAGUUGUGGAAGAGAAAGCUAAAAACAAGAGCCUUUUCAUUUACUUUAAUUCUUACUUUCUUUCAUGACUAGUGUUACCAUAUUUUCA